CCUGUUUGUGGGAUAUAAUUUAUUAUAGCCUACUAGGUAUAUAUCUCUCAACAACAUCUUUCUAUGCUGUCUUGUUUAGUUAUUGCCCUUCACUGCUUGCUCAGUCCACCGCCUAGGCCUUAUCUUAUCUAUUUGUUGGCGCCUUUCUCUCUACCUUCGUCAUUAAUAACCUACAACCUAUAAACUGGUGGUGAUUAAUCAAACAGAAGGCUUUAUAUUCUUACUCUUAAGGAAUAUUGCUGCAUGAAAAGAAAUAAAAAUCAUGGAUACUCUAUUAACAGCCGAUAUCGUUGCGAGCUCUCCACGGUUCCGCCGGAAGUCUUCCACCUUUGUGGAUGCAAUCCAUGAUCUACCUGAAAAAGCGGAGCUUGCGCCGGCUCAAUUGUACAGCACUGAAUCUGGCCGGCUUUUCCACUCAGGGAGAAUCGUUAUUAUGACGGUUGGAUUGCCGGCGCGGGGCAAAACACAUAUCUCGGUGGCUCUGGCACGAUACCUUCGUUGGCUUGGAGUCAAGACGAGAAUUUUCCACCUGGGGGAUUAUAGACGUGCGACGAUACCGUACGGUCAAGAUAUACCGGAUGAUUACUUCUUCGUGAAUGCAUCUGCGGCAUCUGUCCUCUUGAGACAAAAGAUUGUAAAAAGAUGCCGUGAGGAUAUCUAUCAGUUUCUCAACCAUGAGAAUGGCCAGAUUGCGAUAUAUGAUGCAGUCAACCCUUUGGCAUCUGGGCGCCGCUCUCUGGCAAAGGAAUUCGCCAAGCACGACAUUGAGACUUUAUUCAUCGAGUCUUGGUGUGAUGACGAACGGAUCAUCGAAGAGAACGUCCGCAACGUGAAAAUAUCGUCACCGGAUUACAUCGGCUGGACUCCAGAUGAUGCGGUGAAACACUACCUGACACGGAUAGCCGCCAGAAUCCCGCAAUUUCAAACGAUGGAAGAAAAAGAUCUCAAUUAUAUCAAGAUGAUUAAUGCUGGAGAACAAUUGAUUGUGAACAAUUGUAGCUUCGGCUAUCUCUCUAAUCGCAUCGUCUUCUACCUGCUCAAUCUUCAUAUCAAGUCCCGACAUACUUACUUUGCACGGGCCGGUGUCUCGGUUGACGCUGACUCCUACAAAGCGGACGUCUCGUUAUCCGAGAAAGGCGAAGACUACGCGAGAAAGAUGACAGAAUGCCUUCUGCGUCACAGAGAAUCCGAAAAGCAAGCAAUGAUUGAACACGGUGAGAGAAACCAUGAGCUGAAGCCUUUAACUGUGUGGACAUCUACUCGUCGUCGAACCGUGGAGACUGCCAAAUACCUUCAUGAGAAAGGCUACAAAGUCCGACAAAGAUCUCAAAUGAGCCAACUGAACCCUGGCGUCUGCGAGAAGAUGUCAGAGAGGCGAAUUCGGAUAGAGUACCCAGAUGAGGUUACAAAACAUGAACUCGAUCCGUACCAUCACCGAUACCCACGUGCUGAGUCAUAUCACGACCUCGCAGUACGACUUGAGCCGAUAAUCCUGGAGCUGGAGCGAGAACAAAAUGAUUUGCUCAUCAUCGCGCAUGAAAGUGUUCUUAGAGUUCUGUAUGGCUACCUUAUGGCAUGCAAUGCUGCGGAUAUUCCAUUUCUCCAAUUUCCCCGCAAUGAAAUCAUCGAGAUCAUCCCAGAAAGCUACCAGAACGAGGCAAGGAGGAUCCAUAUACCUGACUUGCCCCCGGAUAUCAUUCCUGCUUCUCCUGAGGAUAUCAAGAUCCCUGUUCCCCCAAGCGGGAUGACUACUCCGCUGCUAGGAGGCUUGGGUAGUCCGGUAGAUGGAUCAGGGACUCCACAGAGUGGGCAUCGAACCCCUCGCGAGCCGGAAAGAAUAUCGCAGCAGCAUGUAGAGGAUGUCACACGAAUACGAUAUUGUCUCCUUCGCGGAGCUCGUACAGUUCUUCGCCUUCAAGCUCCCAAUCGGCAGAAUAACAUCUCUAAACCUCCUCUGCUCGCAAAGAGAGAUCAGUAUGGGUGCGUGAGAUCGAGCGGGGGAUCACCCCGCCAACGAGCACCAGCUAAUAAAAGUGACUUGAAUACGUAUACAUUCAUGGUUUCAAUCAAAACAAAUUACAUUAGUGUCGGGGGCAAUAGGCAUCCAUCAGCUGCAGACUGGGAUGUUGAAUCGGGCGUGCUCGCCUUCGGCGCGGACAACAAUGUUGCUCUAUGGGAGCCCCAGGGUGCAUCCGGAUCUGGGGCCUACGCUCUGCUUGUGGGACACACCGACAGAGUGAGUGUGGUUCGGUUCUACACAUGCCCGUCAACGAAAGCGAAACUCCUCUUGACCGGUUCGGUCGAUCAAACAAUCCGCAUAUGGCAGAUGGAAAGCCCAGAUUCACACCAAUUCAAUCAUAUAUAUACAUUGGAAGGCCACGAAGGAUCAGUCAACGCGAUCGCUGUCACUGACGGGUCAGAUAUUAUUGUCUCCGGAGGAGCAGACGGAACCGUCAGGGUAUGGAGGAUUAAUCCACAGGCACCAAAGAAGGGAGACUUGUUGAAGACUAUAAUCUUGAAGCCACGGUUUUUUCCGUUGACGUUGUCAAUGAAACAUCUCCAGACAAACGACGAUGCGAAAGCAAUGGUUUUAGCAGUGGCAGGCACGAUGAACAAGAUUCAGAUUUAUGUUGCGGACGGCUCGACAUCUGACCCAGAUCUCAAGCUUUGUGCUGUACUUCCCGGUCACGAGGCAUGGAUAAGAUCACUCUCCUUUACAACUGACAGCCAGAAGGGCGAUCUUCUUCUCGCAUCAGCAAGCCAAGACAAGUAUAUCCGUCUCUGGAGGAUACAACAAGGCAUCACGAACUCUGUUAAAAUUGGGGAUGAGGAUGAUUCCAUGUUUAUUGGGGUGGAGUCGACGCUUUCAAACAAAGCCCACCAGUUUGAAACCCGAGGAUUGAAAUACUCUAUAACAUUUGAGGCUCUUCUUUUUGGUAAUGAAGAUUGGAUAUAUACGACCUCUUGGAGUCCCAACCUGAACCGGAAGCAACUUUUGUCUUCUUCUGCAGACAACUCACUUACUAUCUGGGAACCAGACCCGGUGUCAGGUGUCUGGAAUCCGGUGGAACGUAUGGGAGACAUCAGCGCACUGAAAGGUUCAACGACGGCUACUGGUAGCACCGGUGGUUUUUGGAUCGGUCUUUGGUCGCCGGAUGGAAAGCAGGUGGUUAGCCUUGGACGAACUGGUAGCUGGAGGUCCUGGAAAUAUGAUAUUGAACAAGAUAUCUGGGUGCAGACGCUGGGUAUUACGGGUCAUGUGCGAUCUGUCAAUGGCAUCAAUUGGGAGGCUACAGGUGGCUACCUUCUUUCUACCAGCUCUGAUCAGACAACUCGUCUUCACGCAAAAUGGUCGCGUGAUGGCCUGGCCUCAUGGCAUGAAUUCUCACGACCUCAAAUCCACGGCUAUGAUCUCAACUGUGUUGAGACGUUGGGGCCUGCGCGCUUCAUCUCUGGAGCAGAUGAAAAACUACUACGAGUCUUCAAUGAGCCUCGUUCCAUUGCAGAUUUGUUAGAGAAGCUUGCGGGAUUUCGACAGUCCUCAAACGAGACCUUGCCGGAGACUGCACAAAUUCCUGUCUUGGGUUUAUCCAACAAAGCCAUGGACGAUGAAGGUCCUCAGCAAGAAGACCAAACGGACGAUAUAGAAGCUGCGCCACCGUCAGCCAGUCAUUCCUCCCAAUUGGAAUUAAAUCACCCACCAUAUGAGGACCAAUUGGCUCGUUACACGUUAUGGCCAGAGCAUGAGAAGUUGUAUGGUCACGGCUACGAAAUUUCCACGGUAGCAGUAAGCCAUGAUGGGAGACUCAUAGCCACAGCCUGUAAGGCAAGUUCUUUGGAACAUGCUGUCAUCCGUUUGUAUGAUACGAGCGACUGGCAUGAGAUCAAGCCAUCGCUUGCAGCCCAUUCUCUAACCAUCACAAGCCUUUCUUUCUCUGAGGAUGACCGUUUCCUUCUCAGUGUAGGAAGAGAUCGCCAAUGGGUGGUCUUUGAGCGGAGCGCGAAAGAUCCGUCAACAUUCUCCAUGUUGGCAUCAAAUCCCAAGGGGCAUUCGCGAAUGAUUCUCGAUGCAGCAUGGGCGCCGUUAUCUGGCAAACCGGUCUUUGCAACGGCCGGCCGUGACAAGAGUGUCAAAAUAUGGCAGAUGGAGGAAAGCAACUUCUUCUGCAAGUCGACCGUCUCUCUCAAGAGUCCCGUUACUGCCAUCUCUUUUAUGACUCACGAACAGAAUGGCUAUCUGUAUCUUGCAGUAGGCGAGGAUACUGGGGAAUUGUCAAUCCACAAAGUUGCGAAUGACACACUUGAAGUGCAAGAAAUUGCGACUAUCGAUAGGAAAAUCUCGCCAUCAAAAUCAAUCACAGAGCUGUCAUGGAGGCCUUGUUGCUCUCCGAGAGAUCCUAGCUUCGAGCUGGCAGUGGCUAGCGAGGAUAGUGCGAUACGGAUCUAUGAGAUUUCAAAUAUGCUUUCAUAGAAAAAAGUGAGAUAUUAUUUUCAGAAUAAAUAAUGAAAAGAGAACCUGAUAUAUGCAUG